AUGAUUUUGGAUCUGGUCAAUCUUGAAUUCAACCAGUUUCAGCAAGAACAGCAGCAUAGCCUAGCAGCGACAGAUAAUGAGGCAGCAGCAGCAACAGCAGUAACAUUAGCAGCAGCAGCAACAAGUCAGGCCUGGUACCAGUUCAAUAAUGACUCUGAAACGCCAAACAUCCUUUUUUAUAGCCGUGAUGAUGAAUCUGAGUGGAAGAGCCUUUUUUACCCCCUCCCUCCUAGACUACAGAUGAUUUUGGAUCAACCAGUUUCAGCAAGAACAGCAGCAUUGUCUAGCAGUAACAGAGGAUAA